UUUUAGUAUAUUGAGUACAAAAUUAGUUGCCAAAAAUAGAGCACUUUAAGUACAUUAUGGAAGUGUACUUAUUUUCACGGGUAUGUGCACUUAAAGAUAAGAGAUGAAUAUCACGCUAGUAGAUAAAUAACAGGACUAGGAACUAUUAAAUAACCAUUAUAAUGUCCAUGGUUUUCCCUUCUACAGUUAUCCCAACAGUCUUAUUUUGUUUUCUACCAAAUUAGCUCGCAUUAAACCCAUGGAUUAUUUUUAUAAAGAGAUAACCUUUAAAUGUAUAUAGUGAUCUCCAUAAUCAAAUAAUCAACUUUUCCACUCCAACACAAGUUCCAGCUCAGCUCUACUAUUUAUUGCUCUGUGUAAGAAGGCCUAUGCUUAAGUUCAAACUGCAUGAAAACAAACAUUGUCUAGACAUUUUCCUGAAUAAACCUUGAGCUCAUGCUUUAAAUUCAGAGUUGAAUGUGCCUAUGUGCUUUUUAAUAGUGUCCCUUUCUCAUGAGACAAAUGCCUACUCAUUCACUUCAAAUAUUUGUGCAAUGAAAUAAUUCGAAGGGGAAAGUGAAGACAUUCAUCGCUAUUAGGCGCAAUUGUCGUCAUUGGAAGAUUGGAAUGGUUUAAACAUUUUGUAAGGCAUGAUAAUGCCUUGACUGAGGCAUGACUGAGACUUUCAUAUCAUUUAAUGUGAUUUACUGACAAAGAGGUAGUCAUUUUGUUUACAAUAUGCCAAUAAUAAACUCUUGUGCAAUUAAUUAAAAUGACAUUUUUCACUCCCUCUAGUGGCAAAACAUGUCCUAUUCAAUGAACUGCAAUUAAGGAAGACUAUAAAACAAAUAGGCUAUGGGCUUUUUUACUUAAAUUUUAGUUGUUAUACAUGUUUUUGUCACUAACUACACCUUUACUAUUAAAGUGGCACCACAUUUCCCAUUUAUAAAUGUGUUGUGUGUGAAACUUCAAGGAGGAAAUAGUGGGAAAGUUUGGAGAGAGAAACGCCUCCAAUGUACCGCCUUCAUCUCAACCUGGGCUCUUAUUUAACAGCUUUGGGGAGCACAAAGUGCCACACUUUCUAUUGCAUCCUGGUCCAAUUUACCCAUAAUUUAAUAAUUUUGAAAUGAAAUAUUCAUUUAUUCUCUUCUUCAUACACCUGUGCGUCCUGGUGUGUUUUAGCACCGCGCAGCGCCAUGGACCCUGGAGACACAAGGCUAAGUGGGAAACUAACAGACAGGUUUACAGUUUACUGGGCACCGGUUCUCAAUAUCACACACCUGUUUCUGGAAAACGGAAUGCAAGAUUCCUAUUGACGAGGCAUUUGAUGCCAACAUUCACAGGCAGGAUUUUCAUGGGACGUUCUGCCAACACUAGGCUGCACACAGUUGGGCAUGAGGUGCAUUCAAACUCUGUGCCAGAGCACAGUCUUGGUAUGGAUGCAAGACCCUACAUGAUGUCUGGUCUUACAUCUCCUAUGAGGAAUAAUCAGUUGUCUUUGCAUGCAAAAAGAACUGCACUUUCUUCAGAUGAAGCACUGCACACUCAGUUCAUGCUCUAUGGGAUAGCACCAACUGAAAAAACUACACUGGCACCAGUGAAAGCUUCAAGGGCACCAGGACGCCAUAACUUAGUUACCAGCACACCAAAACGAACAUCACCCACGGCAACUACUGAAAAAACGUCCACUAUCAACUCUGAGGCGAAUCCGCUUCCUCAACUUUCCACUUUGACUGGGAGUAACACUGCUAAUAAUUCUAAACUUUCAUCAAGAACCAGUUCAGCUGCACCUUCAGCAUAUGUUAAUAACAGAAAUACGGUAAAUCCUCCUCUUCAGGUUGAGGAAAGAGGAGGUGACAGUAUGAUUGAUGAUGAACCAACGAAUCCUCAUGUAAACAGCAGAAACUCUUUCUACUAUAAUCUGCUCCCGAAUGGAAGUGUCAAUAGAUCUCCUCAGAGAGAAACGGGUCAUGGUACAAGCUAUUUCCAUCACGGACUGCCUGAUCUCAUUCCUGAUCCAUACUAUAUCCAAGCUGCUUCUUAUAUCCAAAGAGUGCAGAUGUACACAUUAAGAUGUGCCGCAGAAGAGAACUGCCUCUCCAGUUCAGCGUACGACUCAAGAGUGAGGGACCUUGAUUACAGAGUGCUUCUCCGAUUUCCUCAGAGGGUCAAAAAUCAAGGCACAGCAGAUUUCCUCCCUGUGAAACCACAUCACCAGUGGGAAUGGCACAGCUGCCAUCAACAUUAUCACAGCAUGGAUGCCUUCAGCAAUUACGACCUCCUGGAUGCCUCCACGGGCAGAAAGGUGGCUGAGGGUCAUAAAGCUAGUUUCUGUCUGGAGGACACCAGCUGUGAUCCAGGUGUGAGGAGAAGAUACGCCUGCACUGCUCACACACAGGGAUUGAGCCCAGGCUGCUAUGACACCUACCAUGCCAACAUCGACUGUCAGUGGAUUGACAUUACCGAUGUUUCUCCUGGAGAUUAUAUUCUAAAGGUGACCGUGAACCCAGGAUUCCAAGUGCAAGAGUCUGAUUUCUCCAAUAACAUUGUUAGAUGUGACGUCAGAUACACGGGGUCGUACGUCCAAGCGCAUAACUGCAGAAUCACAGCAUACUGAUCCAGUACUUCAUCCAAACCUCCAGUGGUGUUUGGAGUUGAAAUCAACCAAACGCGCCAUUCAAAGACACAUUGUUGUGGAUCGAUUGGCCAUUAACUUGACUUAUUUGUACUUAUCUAGAUUUAUGUUCUUGACAGACACUCUUCUAGCAAAGUGACUGUGACAUAUGUGUUAAAGCUAAACAUCCAAUGAGUGCCAAUAAUGCAAUACAAUGAAUAAAUUCUUAUUUAUUAAACUUUUGUAAAGUAUAAAAAGUA